CGAUUUGAUGCAUCUUUCAGAAACACAUUUUCUCUCUCCUCCAGGAUGAUUCCCCCAGGGCUCCAAACAAAACUCAAUCAUGCCGCCAAAAUCUAAGCCCAAAGCUACUAAUAACCCAAAGUCCAAGUCGUCCUCCGAACCCACCAAGAGCCAUCGACAAGAACCGGCCCCGCCGAACUGGCCGCUGCUCAAGCCAUUGAUCCCGUCCACCGACCUCGCGCUCGAGACAAUCCUUUCAGAUCAAAUCUACGUUGUUAGAAAUUUAUUUACUUCCACCCUCUGCAAGAACUACGUGUCUUUCCUCUCCACCCUGCCAUUGGUUACGACGCCCGGACGACCGAAAAGGGGAGAGGCAGUAAGGGUGAAUGAUCGCUUCCAGAUUGAUGACCCGGUGUUUGCAGAGAGAUUGUGGAAGGAGACGGCAUUGAGCCAGGUAGUUUCGGGACAAUCGGCAGAUGCUGACAGUGCCGAGGGGAAGGACUUGUGGGGUGGGGAAGUUCUUGGAUUGAAUCCAAAUAUCAGGGUGUAUAGGUAUUCGAAGGGGCAGUUUUUUGGACAGCAUUAUGAUGACUCGGUAUCACUUCACCUCCCUUCCUUAGCCGACCGGUCUCUCCCAGGUAAAACGACCUGGACGCUUCUGAUUUAUUUGACUACCUGCACAGGUGGAGAAACGGUGUUCUAUCCCGAACCGGUUCUUUCCUCGAAGAAGAAUGGCUCAAAAUCUAAGCCUUUGAAAGACAACAAUGUUGAUAUGGACCCGAUCGCCGUGGAGUUGGAGGUUGGUAUGGCGCUGCUCCACCGUCAUGGUGAUAAAUGUCUGCUUCAUGAAGGUAGAGAGGUCAAGCAAGGCGAGAAGUGGGUGAUAAGGAGUGAUUUAGUUGUCAGGAGAUGAGAGAUAUUCUGCGGGGUUCUCCGUACCCAAAUAAGGCUAUGAUGAGGAUAGACAAAUGUCCACUAGAUAUCUGGGAAGUAUAUCGGGCGAUCCCAGAAAAAAGGAGGAAGCGAAAUAUCUCAUUUUCGUUCUCACCGUUACCCGUUCGGCACGGAAACUGAAAGAGCCGCUUGAGGCUGGAUCCGUUUACCGUUGCUGCCCAACCCUGCAUUAGGCGUGGUUUUAGUGGAGUCCAGCCCAAGCGUCCAUGCUGGGAGCUGGCUAUGCCACCACAAAAGAGGCCAAAAUUCCUCCAAAGCCGCGCUGAUCCGUGGCUGCACCGUCAGGCGGACACCGACAGCUGCCUGCAAGAUACGUCCUUUGGGAACUGAAGGAGCCGAAUGUUUUGGCCGAAGUAUACCCGAAAGGCUGUAUAUAUACAUAUCCAGGCGGACGAAUGCCUCUCGACGCUGAGGUGUAUUUAUUUCGGAAUUAUGAAAGAAUGAUUUUUGCGCAGAAUACCUGCGAGUUUUGAAAUUGUUUCUGCCAUUCGUUGGUGCUUGUGUGUAUAUAUGUACAUUUUGUUGACUCUUUUGGAGAAAAUUAUUGUACAGCAAAAAAGGGGAAAAAAAAAAAAAAAAGGGAAAGAAAAGUUAACAAAAUCGAAUGAUGGAGUAUCCUCUCGCUUUAUUGCGCACACGCAGGCAAACCCCGGCAUUAUCG